UUCGGGAGCUUCCUGCCGGCGCCAUGAGCUGCAUCAACCUGCCCAACGUGCUGCCCGGCUCCCCCAGCAAGACCCGGGGGCAGAUCCAGGUGAUCCUCGGACCCAUGUUCUCAGGGAAAAGCACGGAGCUGAUGCGGCGGGUGCGCCGCUUCCAGAUCGCCCAGUACAAGUGCCUGGUCAUCAAGUACGCCAAGGACACGCGCUACAGCAGCAACUUCUCCACACAUGACCGAAGCACCAUGGACGCGCUGCCGGCCUGCCUGCUCCGGGAUGUGGCUCAGGAUUCCCUGGGAGUGGCUGUCAUAGGCAUCGAUGAAGGCCAGUUUUUCCCUGACAUCGUGGAGUUCAGCGAGGCCAUGGCCAACGCCGGGAAGACAGUGAUCGUGGCGGCGCUGGAUGGCACCUUCCAGAGGAAGGUCGAGGUGAUUGGGGGGGCCGACAAGUACCACUCCGUGUGCCGCCUCUGCUACUUCAAGAAGACCACAGCCCCGCCCACCGGGCUGGACAGCAGGGACAACAAAGAGAACUGUCCGGUGCUGGGGAGGCCGGGGGAGGCCCCAGCGCCCCGGAGGCUGUUUGCCCCCCACCAGAUCCUGCAGUGCAGCCCAGCCCACUGAGGCGCAGCGGGACCCAGCUGGCACCAGCUCCCCCGCCCAGUCAAAGAGGAAGUCGGGAUGAGGACACGCGGGGACUUUGGGCUUCCUGCAGCGUCCCCCUGGGCUGGCGAGGCCGUCACAUUUCCCUCCCUGGCCCCCCGGCUUCCGUCCUCCCCUGCACCGUCAGGGCUGCCGCCUGCGGCCGGGGUCUGGCCCUGCGCGCCCCCUCCUUGGGCCGAGGCCAGAGCCGCCGGCUGCCGUGACAGGCCGGGCCGCUUCCCCUUGUGACUUUCACUGCAGGUUUCUGUUCUCCCUGGGAAGUCCUCGCACGCUGCUGCUCAGUGCCCGGCCCUGGCGGCAGCGGCGCCCGCCGCUUCCCCAGGCGCUGAAGCCCUUCCUGCCCGCCGGCCCUUCCAGGGCAGUUCACCUGCGGGGCUCACGCCGAGGACUCUCAAAGGGUGGGCGGGGGCAGGAGCCCAGAUUUUCCUAUUUUCCUGUUGUGACGUAUGAAGUUAACAUCUAACGUUA